UCAGGGAUGAAUGGGAGGGGAGAGCACUCCCGCCUGGGCCCCCGCUCCCUGCAGCACCGGGGGUUUCCUUUAGCGUCUCCCGUCUUGUCCCAGCCCCAUGGGGCCUUCUCCACGCCAGCUGAGGGGUCCCUGUAUAACCAGCCCUUGCUCCCCACCCCAGAGGGGCCGCAUCGCAGCACCGGGCCUUGGUCUCUGCAAUUGGGUGUCAAUGGGGUGGGGUGGGGAGGAUUGUGUGAGGGGGAUGGACCCGGCCGGCUGGGCAGCAAGGCUGAGAACGUACUGAACUCAGUUCACGAGUGGCGAGAAAAGCUCUCGGUUUAAGCAGUGUUGGGAUGCGCGGAUCAUACGGCGGGUGCCAAGAUGCGGGGCAGCGUGGGUGCUGGUGGGUGUGUGUGUGUUGGGGGUGAUAUGCCACCCCUUUGUGCUUUGCAGAAGGGAGAGAGCCCCCUGGUGAGCCCCCUACUGGGGAGAGGUCAGCACCCCCAUGCUGCAGAAGGGGAAUCCUGCAGCAGAGCGUGGGGAAGGGACCAGACCCCUAGAUCCUGCAAUGUGUUUGUGACAGUGUUAGGGGCUGAGAUGGCUCCCAGCCCCCCCCCCCGCUCUAACCACUAGACCCCUCUCCCCUCCCAGAGCUGAGGAGAGAACCCAGGAGUCCUGGCUCCCAGCCCCCUCCACCCUCCACUCUAACCGCUCUUUAACUGAUGACUCCAUCACUCUCUCUGGGCUCCAGACCUCAUGGUGACAUCAGUCACUGUGACAUCACGGUGCAGUGGUGACGUCACUCACUGUGACAUCACCAGGCUCUGGCUGGAAUGGGCCAAUGAGAAUCUUGCAGCCUUAUUGUGAGGUCAUCGCUGCCGGGCUACUCAUUCUGGGCAAGGGGGCUCGGGGCAGCACUGAGCUCUCUGCAGCGCCCACGGCCGGUAGCCCAGAGCGACCCAGUUAGUGUCAGACACGUUCGGAGGGGCUGGGAGUCCGGAUCCUCCAGCCAGACCUUGGUUCUGAACUCACCGAGUCCUGGCGGCUCCCACCUGGUUCUGGAGUGACUGGAUCCGAGCAGUUGGGAUCCAGCUCGUUCCCUGGUUCUGACGUUGCUGGAGUGGCGCGGAUCCAGACUCCGCUUCUGAAGUCACUGGAGCAGCCCAGAUCCAGACUCCGCUUCUGAAGUUGCUGGAUCCAGGAGAUCUGGAUCCAGACCCUGAUUCUGACAUCCCCGCUGCGGGGUGGACCCAGACCCCAGUUCUGAAGUCACUGGAGCAGGAGGGCUGGGACCUGAUUCUGAUGUCCCCGGAGCAGCCCGGAUCCAGACUCUGGUUCUGAAGUCGCUGGAGCAGGAGGGCUGGGACUUGGUUCUAACGUCCCCGGCGUGGCCCGGAUCCAGCCUCCGGUUCUGCUCUCCCCAUCUGUGUGAUCCCCCUGCUGCUCACAUGCUGCCCCUGCUGGCGCUCUCUCUCCUGCUGGCGCUGCCCGGCGCCAGCCCCAAGGAGUGCUUCUUCUGCGAGGUGACAUCCUCCCGCCACUGCCCCAGCACCCGCAUGAGCUGCGCCCCGGACGAGGAUUGCUUCGUGGGGCACGGCGCCGCCCUGGGCGUCUCCCUCAUCCAGACCAAGGGCUGCACCCGGGCCAUGCGCUGCGGCAAGGAGCACCCUGUCACCCACAUGGGGGUGACCUACAGCCUGGUCACCCAGUGCUGCAAGGGCAGCCUGUGUAACGGGGCCGGCGCCGGCGCCCGCCCGCGAGGACCCGGUGUGGGCCUGCAGUUGGUGCUGGGCACGGCUGUCCUGCUGGGGGCACUGUGAGAGACUGGGGCGGGGUUGUGUGUGGGCGCGCGCGAAGAGGCGUUGGAGGAAUAAAGCCCUGGCACAGGGCGACGGCUGGUGUGGUUGUCUCUGCGCCGAGCUGGGGGUCCUGGGGUCCCCAGCCCCGCAGAUUGUGGGGAAGCUGGGUGCCAUGGGGAUCCGGGUGAGGAGUCAGCAGGGUUGGGGUGGAUUAAACGAGGCGGGGGAACAGGACAGCAGGAAGUGAGAACUGGGAAUAGGACCCAGGUGUCCAGGUGUGAAUGCAGAGUCAUGCAGGGGGCAUUGGAAAUGGGAAUAGGACCCAGGCGUCCGGGAGUGCACGCAGAGUCAUGGGGGAUGAGAAGGGGAGUUGGGGGGGAUGGCAAACUGGGAAUGGAACCCAGGCAUCUGGGAGUGAAUGUACAGUCAUGCAGGAGGUAUUGGAAACUGGGAAUAGGACCCAGGUGUCCGGGGGUGCAUGCAGAGUCAUCGGGGCUGGGAAGGGGAGUGGGGGGAUCCCCAAUCCCAGCUGGGCCUGUGGCCGUCCGCUUCCCUAAGUGCCCCCUGCCUCGGGGUCUCAGUGCGUAGGGACAAGGAGAGCGGAUGCUGCGCCCCACCCCUGAGGGGCCACGUGGCAGCGCUGGGCAGGGGGUCUCGGUAGAACCAGGUGGUCGCCCCUCAGCACCGGGGUGCGACGUCGCUGUUCACACUCCCCUGAGCGGACGCUGUCCUGCGGGGAAGGUGCCGUUUGCCCUGUUCAGGGUCCCCCAUUUCCCAGCAUUUUAUUUUCCUUGGGUACGGUUCAAUUUUGUUCGUUCAGAACGUUUAAUUUUUCUCAUUCUCUCCCUGUCUCCUGUCCCCCUGCACCCCACUUGCCCUGCCCCCACUCCACUAUCCUCUGGUCCCUCUCCCCUCC